AUGCCCCGAACUCCGCGCCGCUGGGCGCCACAGGAAGACUCCAUCCUGCUUGAAAAAAGCAUGCAGCUAUGCUUGGAGAAUGGUGGCUCUGAAGCAAACAUCAGCUGGACUAGCGUGGCCGAUGCCCUAACGACCCGCACUAAUAAGGAUUGCCGUAAGCGUUGGUUUAAGCUAAGAGGUGGGAAAAGAGGCCCAUGGAGAGUAAAUGAAGACCACAGACUGCAGGAGGGCGUACAAAAGCAUGGUAGUCGAUGGAUUUUAGUUGCUGAGACGGUCAAAACCAGGAACUCAGAUCAAUGCGCAAAGCGGUGGCAACACUGUUUAGAUCCGUCUUUAGAUCACAGCGAAUGGACGAACGAGGAGGAUAUCCAGUUGGUGGCGGCAGUGACAUGCUUCGGCACAAGUUGGAAGGACAUCAAAAAGGUUGUAUUUCCAAGGCGCUCAACCGCAAAUUUGAAGAAUAGGCAUACUGCACUGAUCAGACAGAACAACGAAAGUCCCAAGGUUCCUCAUACAGAAGAUGGAGUAGUUGAUCCGAGCUUGAGAUGGAUGUCGUUUGAUCAGGACAUGUUCGACGACGAUGGUCAAUUUGGCAUUACCUUUGACGAAAGUUCGCACAUUACGCAUCCGACGAGUUUCGCGAGCGGUGACCGAAGUGGCUUGUCUUACGAGUCCCCUAAGUUUCUGGGUAUGGAUAUGAUAUCAACCUCAGCAAAUACGAACUCUGACCUACCCCCACUCAAUUGGGACUUUACUUCAGAUCCGAAUAUCGCGUCUUCUCUGGUUUCCUGCGGCUUAAUGUCCGACCAUACUCUCGAUUCAAGACUUGAUUACAGCAAUCAUGCUCACUCAGCACUUUGGAAGGACCGUGAUGGAAGUGCAGAUUCUUCCGAAUCAUACCCAAUGUCCAAGUUAGUAUCACCUUCAUCGGAGCAGGUAACACCUGAUAUCUCGCAGAUUCUCACUGAAGAGGAGCCUAGACAGGUAUCAAACCAUAUGUUGCCCACUCCGGUGAAUAAAAGGUCAUCCAGCAUGCCACAAAUGGUCAUCAUCAUCGAUGAACCAAAUCCUCAGAUCAUUAUGAGUAUGGUCGAGAUCCUCACCAGAACAAAUUGCAAGGCAAGCAUGUCUAUGAAGACAUAA